AGCACGUUGUUUUAAAGAAACGCAUGAAACGCGACGUAAUUUUCGUUAUCACGACUAUUUCUGUACGGGCGGAGGUUCGCAGGGAGAUUCCUUAGGGUGUUCGAAACAUCGGAGACGACAUCUUUCAAAGUGCAAUGUUCCUCUGAGCAACAAUUUGUGGCUACAGGCUUUUCGCCAAAUCGAUAAAGUUAGAGGUGUCCUGGCGAGCAACCGGUGAAUCUUCGCGCUUCCAGCAUCCGAUUCGAGGUCUUCUAUCGAUCCGAUCGAUCCACGUAGGAGACACACGCAGGGACAUCGAGGAUACUCGAUAGAUCCUUUCCUAGGACGCUCAUUGACUCGGAGAACCUUGCAUGAUUGGUCCCUGGGCUGGACUGCUAAUCAAUACUUUGAUCACGGGAAAGAGGACCAAGAUGACUGGGAAAAAAGCAGUGCUAUCAUGCCGGGACGUGCUUUGGUACGUCGCCUUCUGCGGUUUCGCCAUCAACUAUAUGCUGAGGAUGAACUUGAAUCUGACCAUAGUAGCUAUGGUAGUGCCACAUCCAAUGGUGGUUACAACUGCAGAAUGCAACGAUAAUGCACGGUCUUACAACGGCACACAUAAAAUUGGAUUCACUACGUCAAGUUCAAACCGUGUUAAGUACACCGACCGAUUUGCUUGGUCCGAGUACCAGCAAGGCUUAGUUCUAGGAGCUUACUACUGGCUACAUUGGACAACGCAACUUCCUGGUGGGCUUUUAGCAAGACGUUACGGGACGAAACUAGUUUACGGCUUAGGAAACAUCAUAACAGCGAUGCUUGGCUUCCUCAUUCCGUUUAUGACACGUUAUCAUAUUUACGGUCUUAUAUUCCUAAGAGUUCUCCAGGGGAUGGCGUCCGGCGUUGUGUGGCCUUCCAUGCACAAUAUGACUGCAAAAUGGAUUCCUUUGAAUGAGAGGAGCAGAUUUAUCAGUGCAUAUUUGGGUAGUUCUGUGGGUACAGCUAUAACUUAUCCACUUUGUGCAGCAAUUAGUGACACACUCGGUUGGGGUGCAGCCUUUUAUGUAACUUCGUCACUCGGUGUCAUUUGGUUUUGCUUCUGGCUGUUUCUCAUAUACGACUCACCUCAGGAUCAUCCUCGAAUAUCCGACGAAGAGAAAAAUUAUAUUCUACAGAACCUCGCUAGUACAGUCGAUGAUGAACAGAUUGAUAUACCUUGGAGAUCCAUAUUGACAUCUGGUCAAGUUUGGAUGACGAUUAUGUCGCAUUGGGGUGGAGGUUGGGGUUUUCUCACCCUGAUCACUCAAGCACCGACUUAUUUCAACUUCAUUCACGGAUGGAAUAUCAAAGCAACUGGGAUGAUUUCCGGAGUCCCACACUUAAUAAGAAUGAUCUUCUCGUACUACUACUCGAUGUUAAGUGACUGGCUGGUACGUACCAAGAAAAUGAGCUUAACCAACGUUAGAAAAUUGGCCACAUUCAUGGCCACCAGUGUACAAGGGGCCUUCAUAUUGCUCCUGGGCUACAGCGGAUGUCAUCCAACGCUCGCGAUAAUUUUCAUGAUGGCCGGGACAAUCACGAAUGGUGCGAUUUCCGCCGGCACAUUAGCGAGUUUCAUUGAUCUCAGCCCAAAUUACGCUAGUCUUCUCCUUGGACUUUGCGGAAUGGUGGUAAUUGGCUGUGGAUUCAUUUCACCGCUCGUAGUUGGCAUUUUGACGGAAAAUAACCAAACUAUAUCGCAAUGGCGAUUAGUUUUCAUUAUAGCUGCUGUUAACUCUAUAGUUGGGAGCAUCAUGUUUCUGGCUUUUGGAACAUCCGAGGAGCAACCGUGGAAUACAUAUGGUAAGUUAAAGAAAGAGAACGAUCAAGAGAUGCAGAGACUAACAGCGACGCCAUUUGUAAAAUGCGAGGGAAACAAGAAAGUGGAUGGAAUGAAUAAAAAUAGAAUGGUUAUGAACGAAUAAGAGAAAUUCGCAUAA